CGCCCCGUCCUGUCCCCCCCGGCACGGCCCGGCCCGGCCGGCACUCGGCGCCCGCCAUGGCGGGGCCGAGGAAGGGGCCGGGCGGUGCGGAGGAGCCGCCGCAGCUGCUUGUGAAAAUCGUGAUGGCCGGAGAGUCCUGCGUGGGGAAGACCUCCAUCGUGCGGCGGUACACGGAGCCCGAUUCGCCGCCCGCCGGCACUCCCGCCACCUCCUACUUGGCCACGAUCGGCAUUGAUUUUAAAGUAAAGCUAGUAAUGUUUAAUGACACAAGAGUGAAACUUCAAAUAUGGGAUACUGCUGGCCAGGAGCGAUUCCAUACACUUAGUACUAGCUAUUUCCGUGGUGCACAAGGCUUUGUUCUUGUAUAUGACAUCACAAAUCUGAAGAGUUUUCAGAGUAUAACAAUGUGGAUGCAAGACAUAUAUGAGAAAGCAGGUGAUGAAGUGGACGUAAUACUGUUGGGCAACAAGUGUGAUAAGGAGUCAGAACGUGUAGUUCCAAAACAGAAAGGAGAAAAGAUUGCUUGGGAAUAUGGAAUACCGUUUUUUGAAACCAGUGCUAAAGAUAAUGUGAACAUUGAGCAUGCAUUCUCACUCUUGACUAAGGAAAUACUGGAAAAGGUUUCUGCAGAAUGUGCACACAGUGAAGAUGCUGUAUUCUGAUGUAAUCAGUGGACCUUUUAUGUUCAGCAGUCAAAUGUUUUAUACAAGGUUCAUAGCUGUUUGUUUGGCUGAUUUACACUAGUGCUUUUGAAGUUAUGGUGACCUAAAGAUUUGAGUUAAUUAGUAGUGGAAUCAAUAUUGUAGCUGUCAGAGUCAGCAUCUCUAACUAACUCAAGUGCAUUGGCUUAAAAGUCCUUAUUCCUUGGAGUUGAAAUACUUUUGUAGGACUGAAUUAUUGUUCAUUAGCUCUGAAAAUGUUUUGCAUUGUAAUUUAUUUUUAGACAGUAGAAUAUUAUUUUAGACAUUAAUAGAUGUUCUUCAUGCAAUGCAUUAUCAUUGCCAUUCAUCACCAAUAUUAGUUAUACAAAACUAACCUUCCAUUCUGAAUACUGUUGAAGUCAUAAUAAAGAUAAAUGAGCAAAAUUACUGACAAAGUCACAAGUUGCAGUGUUUUGAUUAAGUAGCCAUAGGGGAUGGUCAGAAUAAUAGCCCUGGGUUGGACUGCUUCUAAGUCAAGGUCCUGUUGUAUUAUAUAACACAAGCUGUAGUUGGUUAUUUUGGGGGAGAAAAAAGAAGAAAAAAAAAUCUUUUGAUUACUUUAGCAUGAAAGUGAAGCACAGCAACUUGAUGGUCAAAUAUUGUUUAGGACAGGAUGAUAAUGGCAGGUCCUUGAAUAGUUGGACAAAAAGUCUCAAAUAAGAUAACUCUGAUUUUGUUGUAAAUUAAAAAGACAUUGACUGUUGUAAAUGGAGAAUAUAUUGAUACGUUAGUAUGAAGCUUGAAAAUACAAAACAAUAGCUAUGAUCAUAAUUACUGCAAAGACAAAUAUGUGCAAAGUGAGCAUUUCUGCACAGUGCAUUUGGAUAAGAUCUAGGAAUUCUCUCAGUGUGCAGAAAUGGUGCUUGGUUAUUUCUCACAUAAAGAUUGCCUGCACUUACUGUAGUGUAAGUGGAACUUCAGUAUUCCUACUCAUCUUCAUGAAAAUUCAUGCGGUUUUUAGUGUGGACAUAGCAAACAAAUUCAGUCCACGUUGAAAAUGUUAUACUGCUGCAUGGUUUUAAUUAGAACUGCUUUGAACAGUUGUGUGCUCUGAUUGCAUAUAUGUGUGUUUGGGAAUGAGAAUUUGUCAAGUUUGUCUGUAGUAACAGUUCACCUUAGCUAGAAAUGUUUGGAAUCCUGACGGGGCAUCACACACCAUUACUUUGAUGUAUAAUUUGCCAUUUUUAGUGAAAUGGAUUUGUUGAUAUAAACAAGGACUCCUUUAGCCCGAUUGGUUUUUCCAUGGCCUAAUAAGAGAGUUCACAGUAAAAAAAAAAAAAAAUCUACCAUAGAGUUUCAUCAUGGUUUUCAGGUUCGACAAAAUAAUUUGCCUGUUCACAAAACUGUGAAAUCUGAAUGUAGUACUUGAAUUUUAACUUCCUCUAACUGAUGAAAUUUUGGAGAAGGGAAAAUGCAGUGGGAAGUGUGACUAGUAGCUGUGAAAAAUGACAUGAUAGGUGCCAGUCUGAGAUCAUUUUAAUCAUAUAUCCAUUCUGUAGUGGUGAAAUAUGUACUUGCUGAUUGUAAAAAGGAGAUACAGCUUUGCAUAGUGUUUUGGCCCAAGACACCUAUAUCUGAUGGUAUCAGGCUUCCCAUGGUUCUGCAGUAGGACCACCUCUCCCAGACUGAUGAGAUGCUUCAGUGGAAGCAUGUCAUUGCUUUACCAGUCCCACAGAGGAAACUCAUUUUAAGGAACUUCCUAGAAAAGUCUAUUAUGGCCAUGCUUUUGGGAAGUAUGUGAAGGUCAUUCAGAGGUAAGAUAAAUGGGCAGGGCAGGCUGACAGGCAGCAGACCAUUUUCAGAUACAUUGCAGUAGAUUGUAUUAAUCUGAGGAAAUCUAGGAUUUUUUUAUAUACACUCUUGCCUACCAUUUACUACGGGCAUUUCUUUAUUAACCAAAUGUACAGAAAACACCUCUGUAGAUGGUGAAGAUCAAUGUCCAGAGUUACAGAGCUCAUACAGAAGUACUAAGUGUCUUGAUUCUUUUGAAAUUUAGAACAAGCUGUUGUUCAGUGGAGGGCUGGGGGGAAAAAAAACAUAUUAAAAUGUGUCAGACAUUUAAACAAAACAAAAGGCAAGUUUGUAUCGUCACUAUUUUGUGCUGCAUUUUCCUAUCUCUUCAUUUGUAGUUUUUCUUGUAGUGAGUUUAAGGGAGAGAAAAGACUUCUGUAUCCCAGCAAUUCAGAUAACUAAAGUACUGCUUGACGUUUCAGAUACCAUCUCAGCCAUUCUAUGCUUAGGCUCAGUCCUGCAGCUCUAAUUUACAUGGGUAGUCUCACUGAAACCAUCAGAUGUUAUUUGAGAGUUUACAUUGGUAACAGCUAAGGAGUCAUGCCAUAUUUCUGAGAACUCACAAUUUUCAAACUGAUCAGUUAAUAAUAACUGAAUGCAGUACUUUAAUUUUAACUUCCUCUGACUGAUGAAUUUUUGGAGAAGGGCAAUAAUAGCUGAUUUGAUUGUAUUUGAAAGGCUGCAGUGGAAAUAGAUGUUAAUGACAAAUUAUUCCAGAAUAUUGCUUAGACAUGUUGACAAAUAACAAUAGUAUUUUAUUUAUUCACAAUUCUUAUAAGUCUCAGAUAUGCCUAAACCUGUUCAGUAAUAGAUGACAGCUGUUCUUUGACAAUGCUUCUGGUUGCCAGUGAACUACUUGUACUUGCGAGUCAGUCCUCAAGAAACAACCAAAACCAAAAAAAUACCUCCCAGAAUGCAGUUAGCAUUUGCAUUUUUGUGUUGUUUGGUGUGAUGGCUGACAAGCAGUACUUUUCUCAACUACCUUUAAAAAGAAAUACUACAAACCUUUGUAUUUAUGUCUUUGUGUGGGUGGUUGUUGGUAUUUUUCUAAAAUAGGAGCAAGGAGGGAACUGUAUUAAAAAAAAAAAAAAGGAAAAAAAGUACGAAGUUUUCACCUUUUUCUGAAGACUGCCAUAAGACUUAACCAAAACUUAAGUUCUGCCUAUCUCCCAAACUGACUACUAAGAUUAUUUUAAUCGUAUUAAAUAAACAUACAUCUGCUGAGUAGAGAACAGUGAAAAUGCAUUUAAGACCUUGCCCUGUGCUGUUGAGAGCAACGUUUAAUGUUUAACAGCUGGAUGUCAUUUGAGAUGAACAUUCUGAAAUAGCAGGCCUCAAUUCUGCCCUUCCUUUGUUUCUUUACCUUUCUUUCCUAUGGCAACAGAUUUUUGAAAUUACACUGUGUGUCCCAUGCCUUUGCUCCUAAAGUACCUUUGUAACUUGUUAGCUGAUUUUAAACAAAUUUGACAGGUCAAAUUAAAAGAUAAUUAAGCUCCUGAGGAGUUCUUGAAAAUAAGGUGAGAGGGAGAGUACUCUGCAAAAGGAAAGUCUCCAGCAUGAGGUCAUACAGUGUUGGACAGAGACCACUCUAUAGAGAGACUGAAAAAUGCUUCAACCAGCCAUUCCAGCUGGAACUUGCAUCAUAGAUAUCAAAUUUAAUUCACAUCAAGACCCAAAUCCAUAGGAAAUCGGAUUUCAUUAUUGCUGAGGUUCAUGGAAUUGUUAGUUUGUCUAAAAGAUCCCUGUGUCUCCAGCAGUGCAUACUCAGUGUUUCUUUAUUAUCCUCAGUCAUGCAUGGAGCCCCAGGCUUUGUUUGCCCUUUAUUUAUCUUGUACUGACCACAGAAUAUUAAUUCCUUCGAGAGGGUUUUCAUAAUGCUUGUAAUGCUGUACUUUAGAUCUAUUUUAGAUUUUUAUCUCCAUAACCGUCUUAGUAACAUUAGGUAGUAUAUUCAGCUUUGCACACUUGGGAACCAAGGUACAGAGAUUAAAGCAAAGAGGAUAAAUGGUGCCAACUCAGUGUUGGUGCAAUGUAAGGCAUAAUUUAAGUACACUAUCUUAUUUAAUUAAAAAAAAAAAAAGUCUGUUCUGGACAUUGAAUGAGCUAGAUAUUCUUCUGGAAGCAGUAGCAUAUAAUUAGGUUAUGUAAAUCAAAACUUAAUCACAAUGUCUGAGUGUACAGGAUGAGAUUCAUCUUGAUGUGCAACCUUAGCCAGCUAAAAUUUGCAUGACUGGUCUGGUUGUCUGGAAUCAUCUCUAUAAAAUGGAAAGAGAUGAGUCUUUUUAGGAUAAAAUUUUGUUCUGGAGGUGCCUUUCUUUUUCCCUUGAUUAUAGGGAGUUCCAUAUCCCAGCCUAUAUGGUUCAUGUGAUUCAAAUUAAAUAAAUUGAACUCCAGGAGACCAAAAGAAUGUUACCGACUUGACUCGCUUCUGGCAGUUCCUGCUUCUGCAGGAUCUUGGUUUUGAAGACGUACUGCUCUCUUAAAUAGGGUUGUUGAUGUGCAACUAUACUAAACCUUACCCAGAUGAUUUGUAGGGUUGAGGAACCUUACAGGAGGACCACGGCUGUCUUCUCAAGUUUGUGAAAUAACUAAUUGCAGUAUAACAUUGUUUCAGUCUACCUGGUAUUAACAGAAGAGGGAGAUAGAGCCCCACACUUUGCCAGUGGGUUAGAUGUUUUAGACAUGAUGGAAUAGCAGGUUUUGGGAGCAAGGCCUUCAUCAACAUUUCUUGAGGAACGUAUUCAGCAGCAGUUAGAUCCUGCUCCUGUCCCUAUUCCCACAGAGAUUGCCUUCCCUGUUAAUAUAUCCUUAGCUCUUGCUUAAUACUGCUUGUGCCAUGUCCUGCCCAUUGCUGUUGUGAGAAGACUGUCUUGCAUUUUGAACAAGUAAUUUGAAUUACAGAAUAUAGGGAAUGCAUGGAAAGCAUCAGGACUGUUCAUAACUGAGCUUCCUCUACUGGCAGUUCAGGAACAAAAGUGACAUGGACUUGGUUGCAUCAAGUUCUCUGCCAUGGUUUAUCAGUCUUUGUCAACUAUCAUUGUUAAAUAUAAACAAAAUGAUUGCAGUGAUUAAGGAGGAUCAUUCUGUCAUUAGAAUAAAAAUCCUCAAAAUUUAAAGAAUGUAUAAAUAAUAGGAACCUUAGUUACAGUUCCUUCUGCUUGUUUCUCCAAAGCUGCUAGUUUUUCAGCAAGCACUCCAAGCCUGACUUCGACUGGGGACUUGAUAGAGUAAAAUCCUGUCAUUCUUCUAAACCCACAGUGAGCCUCACCUCUGAAAUAACUAAACCAGUAUCAAAAUACCAAGAACUGGUGCUUGAGUAGGUGAAUCAUCUGACUUUGUAUGGCACAGUUGAUCUGAGCAGUUUUUGCAGCAGGGAAUGGUCAGCUGAUCUUAAUGAAGAUUUACAGAUUUACUCCAUUAGAAGCCUUUCAAAGAGUUCAUCCUUUUUUUUUUGUUACAUUUCCCUUUGUAUACCACCUUAGCUUUCUUUCUCUGAUUUAAAAAAAAAAAGUGGAAUCUUAGCCAUCUCAUCACAAUUCCUGUGUCUAGGUAUCUGUUGUAUGCCAAUGAUACAAACUCUGCUUAGAGCUGGGGAGGAGAGACAGCCGGGAGGGGAGACAGCAGGAAGCAUAAAACUGGCUUGAACAGAUGCCUCUUUGUUAGGUGAGACAUGUCUGGUGUGCUAUUUAACAGGAAAAACUAGUAUUUGAUAGCAGGAAGUUUCAACAUCUCACUAAAAUCACUGCAGGGUGGAGCAGCAUCUCUGUCUGUGGAGGUAUUUUCAAAACCCCACUUUGCUCAAGAUGCCGAAGUGGAAACUCAAGCUUCUUGGUACCAUUUUGGUUCUUCUCAUCUUUUCACAUCUCUUUUGCUGUUUGUCGGCUGACUUGUCAGGCAGUGAGUUACAACAGGCUGAGCUGAAAUGUGAGCUGGAAGUGUUAGUGUUCAUGGAGCCUUGGAGGAGGAAUGCUGCCUGCCUUGUUCCCAGAGGUGGGAGAGAUUUUCAUAACUCCCUGCUGUAAUUUCAGGAGAGGGGGUGCCCCACCUCUUCCGAGGCUUGGCUGAAGUUGAGCACUACCUGGGAUUGCCCAAAUCUGAUCGUUGCUUCAGCGCUUUAUGCAGGACUCCUCGUAUCUCUUUAGAUUAUGAAUGUGGACUGUUAAAAUCUGUACAGCACAUUUGCUUAAAUGAAUCUCAGGCCCUCAUUUGCUUCACAAAGAUCCUGUAUGGAAUAAUCUUACCAGUCUUACCAAACUGAAGUGAUUAAGAAUCCUCAAAUUUACAUUUUAAAAUUUCAAAAUGGAUUUCAAAAUGGCUCUUCUUUAUUUGUAGAGUGGUGGUUCUUGUCUUUCUGUGCUGGCUAGUCUGUUGAUAAACUAUCAGAUAAUGAUCUUACAGAUUAUAAGAACCAUUGCAUUAUCAUUAUGCUUCACCAUUCUUAAUUACUUACAGAACUGAGGAUCUGUGCUAAGGAUACAUGAACAGCUUACUUGCCACCCAGAAGUACUAUUAAAUAGUAAAAUAUUUGCAAAUAAGCAUAUUCAGUGUUUAAGGAACAUGAAAGUUUCUCCCCUUUCACUGAAAGCAUGAAGUUUGAUCCUGAAGUAUAGCCUGUAACAUCUUGAAUUACCUGUUUCCUCUAAAGUAAGUGAAAUCUGAAUUCUGAAACUGUUCAAACAGGGAUUUUUCUAGAACUCUUUUAAACUACUUAAACUGAUUUUGUUUUCUCAGGAAAAAGCAUGAGUGAGACAAAACGUUUUUAGUUUAUGUCCACAAUAAUCAAUGCUUAAUGUUAUUUCUUGUUCUCAAAUAAGUGAAUUUAAACUUCUUACUGUACCAUUUUCUUCCAAAGUUUUCCCUUCAGAAUCUUAUCUGUAAACCAGCAUGGUAUCUUGUUCCUUGAGAUGGCAAGGUUAUGUUUGUGUACUUUGGAUUCUGCCUUGCUCCCUCUUUCAAAAAGGUCUUCAUACUUUAUAUUUACUGUCUAUGCUUGCAGACUAUCAAAUACUGUCUCUGCCUAAUGUUAAUACAAAUGUUAAUAGCUAAUGCCUUUACUUGAGUACCUUACGCAACUGUGCAAAAAGUUAAAAUUUAUCAGAAGUUAUAAAUCAGUGUGUUGGUAUUUGUGUGAAUUCUCAAGGGUAAUAAAAAUGUUAUGUCUCUUGGUCCUUAUCACUCAAAAAAUAAAAAUAAUUUAAAAAACCCAAACAAAAAAACCAAGUAAAAGUGCACAUGCUGUGUUUCUUCAUUAUUUGACUAAUGACAAGAAAUUCCUAAAAUCAAUAAGUCACAGUCUUCUAGUACCCUACAGUCAGAACAAUAUUUGCUAAUAAUUUUACUGACGGCAGCUUCGGCAUCCAUCCUGAGGUUUAGACUCUACAAUACAUUUUCUGCCCUCAGCUCCUGCCUCUGUCCAUCACUUCUGAUCCCUUCCCAGGUUCAUCUUUUCUCCCAGCACCUUGCACUGUGGAAGCCUCCCUGGUUCUCUGCAGCCCCAGGGAGGAUCAAGCUCAGCCGCUCUCUUUGUGGGGACGGCCCUGGCGCAGGGCAGCCAGCACCCUGGAAGAGCUGAAACUAUGGCUGCAGAAGGAAAAAGGAAACAAAUUUCAUGCGUCCACUCCAGAAUUUUAGGCAGCGAUAAAUAUGUCCAGCCAAAAAGGCAUCAGGCUUAUUUGUAGCAUAGGGGAACUUUUUAUUUUGCCCUCAUUCUGAUUCACCUGAGUAAUUUUAGAUGAACUCUUCUGGAUGUAGUCAAUGUUCAACUACCCUGUGACAUUGUAUGUGUUAGUUUUCAAUUCUGAAUCGUGAUUAGCAUUGUUCAUGAUGACUUUUUUCCCUUUUCCUUUCUUUUUUCUUGUGCUUUGAAUUUCAUGAAUUCCAUCUUAGAUAGCUGUUGUCUCUGGAAGCUUUUCUUUAAUGUCAGAAAUUGUUGUUUAUGGCUGUUGGGUUUGGGUUGAGAUGAAUGUGGUGAAUCCAGUGGUUGCACUUACUUCUCUGUGUAUCAUUACAUACUUGGUAAACCUUCCAAGACACAGGCAGGAGAAUGGCAAGUAGAGAAGUUAGGACUUUUUGUUUCCUUGGCAUGUGACAAUAUUCUCUGUGUCUUUGUGCCCUUGUUCAGGGUUCAGUGUUACAGUUUCAGAGUACAGGAUUGCGACAUGUAUUUGUACUGUAUUGCACAACUGGGUUUGAUUGUUUCUCUGGUCAACACUAAUUAUCUAGUCGAGUUUAUUGCUGAAAGGAAGAGUCCUGGUUUUGAUGAUCUUUAUUUUUGUUAUAAUCUGCUUUUGCAAUCAGUACAUAAAUGUUUUACAAGGGUGGAGUGCUAUUUUGAUAGUUUAUCAUGAUAAAAACUGAACUGUUUCCAUUUGGAGGUAUUGGCAGUUAUUAAAUAAAGGCCAGAAAACAGAGAAUUUUAGUGAAUUUCACAAAACAAGUUAAAGUCCUUUCUAACAGUUAAUAGCCUGUGCCUUAUUUGAGUGGGUUCUGAUACUCUGUAUUUUCCUGUUCCUUUCAACUGGGCUUUUGCACCCCAUGCUCAGUACUUCAAGGAUUAAUGCACUUAACUGAAACUACUGAAAAUUGGUGUAGUCAACAGGAGAAUGUGCUCUUAUAAACAGUUCAUGUGAGAAAAGAUUUUCAGGAUAGGAUGGUUUGUAGUGUCUCCUCAAAAGACACUUUCUAUCAUCUAUCACCUUCAGAGUUAGGAGAGAUGUUUGAGGCAGCUAAAGAAUGUAAAGAUGCCAAACUGGGACUUGCAUGGGCUUCAGUUUCCAUUUAAUUUGUUAGAAAACUGCAAUCUUAUAAUUAAAUAUAAUAUUCAAAGACAAAUAUAUCUAGUGACUUUACCAAAUAUUUUACAUUAAAAUACGUGAAAAAGCAAGCUUUUCAACUGUUGUGUUCUAGUUAUCU